GGCGGCGGAAGAGCACACGCACAGAGGAGAGCUCGUCUAUUAAAAACAAACAAAGAAACACUAAAUCUGUUAAGACAGAUAUAAUCGUCAAGCGUUGAUUUUAAAUGAUUGACUUCAAGAUUGGCUUGGGUUUCGUCCACAACUAAUAACGAAGCACCACUGAUUGUACAGGUGUGCGUUUAUAUCACCUCAGCAUGGCUGUGGUCAUCCGUUUGCAGGGUCUCCCCAUUGUGGCGGGCACCAUGGACAUCCGUCAUUUCUUCUCCGGCCUGACCAUUCCAGAUGGUGGCGUGCAUAUUGUAGGGGGUGAACAUGGCGAAGCGUUUAUCGUGUUCGCAACAGAUGAAGACGCAAGGCUCGGAAUGAUGCGCACAGGGGGUACAAUCAAAGGUUCUAAAGUGUCGCUGUUGCUCAGCAGUAAAACCGAGAUGCAAAACAUGAUCGAGUUGAGCCGUAGACGUUUCGAAUCCGGUAACGUCGAGGUGGCUUCAGGAAAUAGCAAUAGAUCAGGACCUCCCGCUGUUGCCGGAGGGAGUGAAAGGGCUGGCAUGUCAGCCACUGCACAAGGGUUCAGCAAUGCCACGGCAACCAUGGCCGUCUCCGUUAAUGAGCCUUUAAGCAACAAAAAUACCCCUACGUUUGCCUCCGCAACCAUUGGAAACAUGCCUCCAAACUUUAAUAAUUUCAGCAGUCCCAGUCUUACUAUUGGGUCCACAAUGACUACUUCAAUGUCCUCCCUAAGCACUGUACCUCCGCCUAUACCCUCCAUGCCCACUUUGCCAACCAUACCACCUAUGCCACCCAUGCCAGUUCCACCACCAGUGUCCACUUUACCACCAGUACAAGCUGUUAACCCACUUACCUCAGCACCCCCAGUCCCUCCAAUGGCACACAUGCCACACCUCUCCGCUCUCCCACCAUUUAAUCCUGGUGUUCCUCCACCAGUCGGCCCCGUGGCUGGUGGCCUUGCUGCUCCAGGACCACCCCUGUCUCUAGGAAACCCAAAUCAAUUGUUUCUUAACCCUCUAAAUCCCCUUAAUAUCCCAGCUCAUUUAAAAUCAGCUGAAUUCAUGAAAAUCAUGAAUCCUGACGAGUUGUUCAUACAGCUCCAAGGCCUUCACUUCAAUACAACCGAAAUGGAGGUAGCUGAUAUUUUCCACGGACUAGGUAUUGAUUGUAUUCGAUUACUUCGAGACCAUCUAGGCAGGAACAACGGCAGGGCUUUGGUAAAAUUCUUUACACCCCAGGAUUGUUUUGAGGCCCAAAAACGAACUGCUGUAAUGGGCCAGAGGUUUGUCGAAGUAGCUCCUGCUUCAGAAAGACAGUGGAGAGAGAGCCACACAUUAAACACUGAGCAUAUGAAAGUAGGUAACGACUCCGAGCACCAUCGGCGCCAUCGUGGAAGUGCUAGCUCGCCUUUGUCAUCUGGUCGAGAUCGUGCCAGGUCUCGGUCUCCUCACAAACAAGAAUUCUGCGUGUAUUUAAAGGGCCUCCCGUACGAAGCAGAAAACAAACAGAUAUUUGAAUUUUUCAAAAACCUUGACAUCGUCGAAGACAGUAUUUAUAUUGCGUACGGACCCAAUGGCAGAGCCACAGGGGAAGGUUUUGUUGAGUUUAGAAAUGAAAUGGACUAUAAAGUUGCACUUGGGUGCCACAUGCAGUAUAUGGGUAGUCGAUUUAUACAAGUGCACCCCAUCACAAAGAAAAACAUGUUCGAAAAGAUAGAUGCAAUUCGCAAAAAGAUGCAGGGCUCCCAGGGGGAUAAGGGUGGCUCAGGAGAUGGAGGAAGAGGGGCCAGAACCUGUGCUCAUAUAACAAAUAUACCUUAUAAUGUUUCAAAGAAAGAUGUACGUCUAUUUCUGGAUGGGUUUCAAUUGUUUGAGGACAGCCUCAAAGUCCUAGUCGAUGGCAACGGCAAUGGUCUCGGCCAAGCUGUGGUGCAGUUUGUAACUGAGGAGGAGGCUCGUAAAGCUGAACGAUUACACAGGCAAAAGUUAAACGGCAGGGACGCUUUUGUCCACUUGAUCACAUAUGAACAAAUGAAAGAGGUUGAAAGAAAUCCUCCCCCACAGUCAAAGAGAGGACAGAAAGCUCAAAGCAAUUCCCUCGCACAUGCUCAAGCCCAGGCUCACGCCCAGAUCCAAGCGCAAGCCCACAUCCAAGCUCAAGUCCAAGCACCACAUGCUUUCCCUGGAAUGUCUGGCGAGGAGUUUAAUUUCCUCAGAAGUACUGUGGGGAACCUUGCAAAUGGUCCGCCAUUUGUUAACCCAUUUGCUCCGGGUAAUGGACUAGCAGGACCACCACCUAUACCACCUUUAGGUACAGCAUUGGGUGAUGUUUUACUUCCCGUUCCUCCACCACUAGUCGGAGGGCAUCUACCAGGUCCUCUCCUGGAGCCCCCUGGUUUCAGACCCGGUGGAAACGGUGCACCACCUGCCUUCGUCGGAGCACCAGAGAGCUUAAGGGGCAUGCAGUCGUUUAAUAAUGGGUCAUCGAGAAAAGGUGCAAGUCAAAACCGUGGUAAUCAAAGCCAUUCAGAGGGAUCGCAGCCUACUUAUGGACAGUCCCCUGAAAAUCCCAAUACACCGUCCAGUACUGGUCCUGGAAACUCGAGGCCAGUCAUUGUAAAAAUCCAAAAUAUGCCCUUUACAGUUACCGUUGAUGAAAUAUUAGAUUUUUUCUAUGGUUAUAAGGUAUUGCCAGGCUCAGUUUGCUUGCAGUUUAGUGAGAAGGGACUGCCCACAGGCGAGGCCAUGGUCGCGUUUGAUUCUCACGAUGAAGCAAUGUCUGCUGUAAUGGACCUCAAUGAAAGGCCUAUCGGUGCAAGGAAAGUAAAGAUCACCAUGGGUUGAAAAUAAAAAUGGGUUUACUGUUUUGACAGCCCUGUCUGACGAAAGAAAAGGACACAUUGUUUUUUUGAGCAUCUGUAGACCCUUUUUCUUCUUAAGACAUUGUAUUAUACAUGAAAAUUGAACCUUCAAAAGCAUGAUUCAGUUAUUUAAAAGCUUGGUUUGUUGUCUGUCUUUCUUUUUCUCUUAAGCUCUAAAGUGUUUGAACCUGGAUCUGAUUUGCGACUGUUUUUUAUGGCAUUCAUAAAGAGAUUUACAAACACUCAAUUGCUAUCUUUUAAACUAAUGGCUGUGCUGCAGAGUUUGUGUACAUUUCUAUCUCUAAUUCUCAAUGACUGAUAAUUUUGUGCUAUUUUGCACUUCUUUAUAUGCUUUGUUUUCUGUUUUAUGCUUUCUGUGUUGGGUUAUACAUCUAAUGCUGCCAUGCAUGAUGUUUGCCCAGAAGUAGAAUGUUACUUCUGCUCAUCGUUUGCCAUUGGUAGUAAAUACAUACAUGUCUGUGUUGUCAGUGAGUGUUUUACUGCUGGGGUGAAGUAACAUGAUGAAGCUUACCAUUGAGAAACACAUGAUACCCAAAUGCUCUAACCUCAUUUCACUGUAAAUGGAUAAGUAGAACUGUUUAGUAAUGUGAUGUUUUGUAUAUAAAAGCAUUUCAGUCUUCCUCUUUACUGUGCUUUCUUCAGUGUGCUGUUUUUGGUUAUGAUUUGCUAUGCCAUAUACAUUGGGUUGUUGCUUUUUUAAAGAGCUUUAAGCAAUUAUAUUAUUUUGGUGUAAAAGUUAAUUUGCUGUUGUACAUAUUAUUUUCCUGACUGAACUAUUUUGUCAAUAA